AUGGCAGACUACGUAAAAUCCUUACAGCGAACCCCUUCGAAAAGAACCCGAUCACGCAUCGAUCCUCUCGAUAUAUACAGCGUCCCUCCAAGAAAGCAAGUCAAAGAAAUUGCGCAGAAAGCGCAGUUGAAAAAACUUGGACAUAUUCGGAAAACCCUCGACAAGUUCUACGCCCCUAUCGAGAAAAUGGACACGACCACCCUGGACCGAGACGACCUAGCCGAACUUGGCAUCAAAGUGAAAACAUGCGAUUCUUUCGACGAACCGGACGAUGAUUACAGAACCUUUUUCAAACCUUUGCCGGAGGAUACCCUAGAUCAGUACCCGAUGGAUAAAGACACGCCGUGUCCCAAAGCCAUAAAACGCCCUAAUGCCACGAUCGCUUGGGGUUUCUGGAAGGCCAAAAGAGAGGGAUUCCCUCAGAAUCAAUAUGGAUAUGAGCAGAGCCUGGCACUCAUCACUGGCUGGAUAGGAUCAGCUCCCCCACUUUUCUCCAAGCGCCUCUGUGUUGGAGAUUCAGUGAGCCUCGGAUCUCUUUUCUAUAGAAGCUUCCCAGCUGCUCACACGUGGGAGAGACUGGACUCCAGUAAGCCUCACUUCAUGUUUACCAUGACCCUCGACGUCGAGCCCACUGAGAGGCUCCUCAAAGAAGAGGCGCUGCAAAUCAUGGCCGCUAUAAAAACCCGCAUCUCGUCCGAAUUUAUUGACAAUAACAAUCAAAUCAUUCCAAUUCAAAUGUUCUCAUUCAUGCAGAACUACGGCCGAAUCCUCCACGCCUUCUACAACGGAAAAAGAUUGGUUAUUCGAAAGACACGUCUCUACGCCUUCGAAGACGAAAAUGCACCAUUCGACCUUUUCAUUCGACACCUGGCCAGUGAGCCAGUUGGAUAUACUCGAGAACUGAAACGAAAGUGA